AUGAACUUGAACUUUGGCAUCCAACGAUGCUGGCCGCACCCUCCCCACCCCCCCGUCGUCCCCCACCGCGUUGGAGGUCACCACCACCACCAGCAGCAGCAGCAGCAAGAGGCGAUGGCGGCAGCGGUGAAGACUGCGACGCGGGGCCUUCGCGCUCUGGGCAUCUCGGCGCGGAGGGGCGCCCCCUCGCCCCUCGCUCGAGGUUUCCACGCCACCCGGGCAGCCGCCGUGCAGAUGACGGUGCGGGAUGCGCUGAACCAGGCGAUGGAGGAGGAGAUGGAGCGGGAUGAGCGAGUGAUGCUGCUGGGCGAGGAGGUGGGGCAGUACGACGGAGCCUACAAGGUGAGCCGAGGGCUGCUGAAGAAGUUUGGGGAGAAGAGAAUCAUCGACACGCCCAUCACUGAGAUGGGAUUCGCCGGCAUUGCCGUGGGGGCCGCCAUGGCUGGUCUGCGCCCCAUUUGCGAGUUCAUGACCUUCAACUUCUCCAUGCAAGCCAUCGACCAGGUCAUAAACUCGGCGGCCAAGACAUGUUACAUGUCGGCGGGUGCGGUGUCGGUGCCCAUUGUGUUCCGCGGGCCCAACGGCGCGGCGAUGGGCGUGGCAGCGCAGCACUCGCAGUGCUUCGCCGCCUGGUACAGCCACUGCCCCGGCCUCAAGGUCGUCUCCCCCUGGAGCUCUGAGGAUGCCAAGGGCCUCCUCAAGGCGGCCAUCCGCGAUGAGAACCCAGUGGUGUUCCUGGAGAACGAGCUGCUCUAUGGAGUCGCCUUUGAGAUGUCCCAGGAGGCGCAGUCCAAGGACUUCGUCAUCCCCAUCGGCAAGGCCAAGAUUGAGCGGCCCGGGAAGCACAUAACCAUCGUGUCGUUUUCGCGCACCGUUGGUCACUCUCUGGAGGCGGCCACCGCCCUCGCCAAGGAGGGCAUCGAGUGCGAGGUGAUAAACCUCCGCACAGUCCGGCCACUGGAUGAGGAGGCGAUUGAGAAGAGCGUCAUGAAGACCAACCACCUGGUGACAGUGGAGGGCGGCUGGCCUCAGAGCGGAGUCGGAUCCGAGAUCUGCGCUCGCAUCAUGGAGGGCCCUGCGUUCAAUCACCUGGAUGCACCGGUGGCUCGCGUCACCGGAGUGGACGUGCCCAUGCCGUACGCGCGCAACCUCGAGGAGGCGGCCAACGCGCAGGUCAAGGACAUCGUGGCCACGGUGCGGCGCGUGCUCAACCUGGGGGAGGCGCGCACACAGGCCACAGGGCAGCAGUAGGCCCAGACCGUGGGCAGCAGCUGCAGCAGAAGCAAAAGCGAGCGCAACGCGGCACCGGCUUUGAGCUAACGCCAGCACUCUUGCCGCACGGGAACGCACAAUCUCUAAGUUUGCCGGGUUCCCCCCCCACACUCCACCUUGGUGUUCCCCGAGGCCCCCACUCAACCCCGGGUUCCCUUGGGUCCCCCCUUCCGCUCGCUCCAAACCCUUGUCCCCUGUACUUUGACUUGAAUGUAGAACAUGGAGCGCACUGUGGGGGUGGCGGGGGCGGGCAGCUUCUACUGUGCCCCCCUCUCAAACACCCACCCCCCUCCCACUUUAACCCCCCACUUUGAUCCUGUGCCCCCUCCUCCCCCUGCCCCACUGCCCCCCGCCCAUGAUGAGCUCCAUGUUCCGCUGCUGGUUGGGCGUGAGCACCUGGGUGUGGUGUGACUGCCCCCUCUUCCCCCUCACCCCGUGUGUACCCUCGGGUCGGGGCGGUGUUCUCCUGUAGGGUUCGACCUCGGUGUGACCCCCGCGCUUGUAUUAAACGACCAUGUCCCGCGA